GGAGGCCCGGGAGGUGGGCAGGACCCGGCCAGGCAAGGCCCCAGGGCGCACGCCGCCGCCUGGCGGGAUGGACAUCCCAGGAACCCGGCACUGAGCGCAAAGGCGAGCGAGCCUGAGGUUCCCCGCAGGAGCCCAACACUAUUCCUGAGGCCGCGAUGAUCCCUCCAAGUGGAGCCCGCGAGGAUAGCGGGGACGGGCUGACCGGUGAGGCAACGGGCACAGAGCAGCCACCCUCUCCUGCGUCCACUAGCAGCCUGGAAUCCAAGCUCCAGAAACUAAAACGGUCACUCUCUUUCAAGACCAAGAGCUUGCGGAGCAAAAGUGCUGACAACUUCUUCCCGAGAACCAACAGUGAUGUGAAAUUGCAAGCAGAUUUGCUAGCCAAGGCCAGCAUGGGCCCCAGCCCAGGCCCCAACCCAAUGCCCAUCCCCGGAAGCCCUGCAUCUAUGCCCACCAGGGCUGGCCUGCACCCCGGCAGCAACAACAAGGUCCACGCCUUUCAGGAGCAUGUCUUUAAGAAGCCCACCUUCUGUGAUGUCUGCAACCACAUGAUCGUGGGAACACACGCCAAGCACGGACUGCGCUGCGGGGCCUGUAAGAUGAGCAUCCAUCACAAGUGUGCAGACGGCCUGGCACCCCAGCGCUGCAUGGGCAAGCUGCCAAAGGGAUUUCGGCGUUACUACAGCUCCCCUUUGCUCAUUCAUGAACAGUUUGGAUGCAUUAAAGAAGUUAUGCCCAUUGCUUGUGGCAAUAAGGUCGACCCCGUGUAUGAGGCCCUCAGAUUUGGCACUUCCCUGGCCCAGAGAACAAAGAAGUGCAGCUCAGGCAGUGGGUCUGACUCACCCCCCAGAACCUCGACAUCAGAGCUCGUGGAGGUUCCUGAAGAGGCUGAUGGAUCAGGAGAUGGAUCUGACCUCAGGACACGCAGCAACAGCGUGUUCACAUAUCCAGAAAACGGCACCGAUGACUUCGGAGACCAAGCAAAGACCAUAAACCACCAGGGACCUCCUUCCAAAGACCCAUUACAGAUGAACACCUAUGUUGCCUUGUACAGAUUUGUACCCCAAGAGAAUGAAGACUUGGAAAUGAGGCCAGGAGACAUGAUUACUCUGCUAGAGGACUCCAAUGAAGACUGGUGGAAAGGAAAAAUUCGGGACAGGGUUGGUUUCUUUCCGGCCAACUUUGUUCAGAGAGUAGAACAGCAUGAGAAGAUUUAUAGGUGUGUUAGAACCUUCAUUGGCUGCAAAGACCAGGGACAGAUAACACUGAAAGAAAACCAGAUCUGUGUGACUUCUGAGGAAGAACAGGAUGGCUUCAUCAGAGUCCUCAGCGGGAAGAAGAGAGGCCUGGUCCCGCUGGAUGUCCUGGUAAACGUGUGACCGUGGCGGUCCCUCCAAGUGCAGGAGGCCAGCUCCGCUGAUCUCACUGUGUCCACUCAGAGAGUGCCCAGGAAACGGGAAGAACUCAAGACCUGAGACUGUGGUAGCAGUCUGGAAACAGACCCACUGCAUGGCACAUCCAGACUGCCAGAGAGCAGCAUCCCAGAGCUGAGGGCAGCUGGGGGCAGUAAGUGGACCAUAGCCAAGGCUGCCCCAGGACUCAGCUCCCUCCCUACGUGCCUGCGCAAGGCUGGAAUAUGCUCCCGUCAUGGUGUGGUCCUACUGACAAGUUUGGAUCUGAGUAGCCAACUAUCACUCUGGUUCCAGACUAUUUUCCCCAGUGCUAGCCAGUCAACAUCACGGCUCCUGCAGACAAUCAAGAAGGCCAACCUUCCUGUUCCCAACACCCCAGGCCUCACUCCAGCCCCUGCUCAGUUUGUGGAUCUGCUGGCUGGAAUCUUCUUUCUUUCCCUUCAGUCAGGCAGGGCUGAAUGGACACGGUACAAAGAUCUGACUUACUACAGAGAGCUUGCCAAGGAGUCCUUUCUACUUCAGUGACUCACUCAGGUGACAGAGCAAAGUCAGAGGCACAGAACCAAGCAGCAGCAAGAAGUGGGAGUGAGGACAGGGAAAGAGUCCUUACGGAUGGGAUUGUGAAGCCCUUUCAGACGGGGCAUUCUUUCCUAGAGCAGGUGGGGCUGGGAAUGGGAAGAAGCAGAGCGUCUCCAUUUUCAUUUCAUACCCUCUGUAUCAGGAGCAUCAUUUCUUCCCAUGUGCAGCCUGUAGUAUUCCACUGUGGAGGAUGAGUCCACCGUGCAAGGAACCAGGGACAGGGCAGCGCCUCUGAGACAAACAUCUUAAAAUAAAUGUAGCCAAUUUCGACUCCAUUCUUCUCUAGGGCAGCCUUUCUAGCUCCAGCAGGUGUGAGGCAGAAACGAACCUGUGAUGCUUGUCUCUGUGCAGACGGAGGGAACUGGAGCUUAGCUCACAUCACCAAGGGAAAUUGCUCUCGACCUGUACCGAUGUUUACAAGAACAUACCACACUGCGAUGCCUUCCUCCCAAGCCCGGUCCCAGCAUUCAGACCUGCUUCCUAGCAGUCACUGAUAUGUUUAAAUGUGAUUCACAGUGACUUCGAAAUUAACAUUGCUUUGAUUUAUUU